AUGGCGACCCCCAACAACCUGACCCCCACCAACUGCACCUGGUGGCCCAUCUCGGCCCUGGAGAGCGAUGCGGCUAAGCCGGUGGAGGCCCCUGACGCGCUCGAGGCGGCCAGCCCCGCCCAUUGGCCCAAGGAGAGCCUUGUUCUGUACCACUGGACCCAGUCCUUCAGCUCGCAGAAGGUGCGGCUGGUGAUUGCCGAGAAGGGCCUGGCGUGUGAGGAGCGGGAUGUGAGCCUGCCGCAGAGCGAGCACAAGGAGCCCUGGUUCAUGCGGCUCAACCUGGGGGAGGAGGUGCCCGUCAUCAUCCACCGGGACAAUAUCAUCAGCGACUACGACCAGAUCAUCGACUACGUGGAGCGAACCUUCACAGGAGGUACGGUGGCCAGGGUGGGACCCACCCCGCCAGCCCAGCCCCUGCUGUGGCCCGCAGAGCACGUGGUGGCCCUGAUGCCCGAGGUGGGCAGCCCUCAGCAUGCGAGGGUGCUGCAUUACCGGGAGCUGCUGGGCGCGCUGCCCAUGGACGCCUACACACACGGCUGCAUCCUGCACCCCGAGCUCACCACUGACUCCAUGAUCCCCAAGUACGCCACGGCCGAGAUCCGCAGACAUUUAGCCAACGCCACCACAGACCUCAUGAAAUUGGACCAUGAAGAGGAGCCCCAGCUCUCUGAGCCCUACCUUUCCAAACAGAAGAAGCUCAUGGCCAAGAUCCUGGAGCAUGAUGAUGUGAGCUACCUGAAGAAGAGCCUCGGGGAGCUGGCCAUGGUGCUGGACCAGAUAGAGGCGGAGCUGGAGAAGAGGAAGCUGGAAAACGAGGGGCAGAAGUGUGAACCAUGGCUCUGUGGCUGUGCCUUCACCCUCGCCGACGUUCUCCUGGGAGCCACCCUGCACCGCCUCAAGUUCCUGGGACUGUCCAAGAAGUACUGGGAAGACGGCAGCCGGCCCAACCUGCAGUCCUUCUUCGAGAGGGUCCAGAAGCGCUUGGCCUUCCGGAAGGUCCUCGGCGACAUCCACACCACCCUGCUGUCGGCCGUCAUCCCCAACGCGUUCCGGCUGGUCAAGCGGAAACCCCCAUCUUUCUUUGGGGCGUCCUUCCUCAUGGGCUCCCUGGGUGGGAUGGGCUACUUUGCCUACUGGUACCUCAAGAAAAAAUACAUCUAGAGCCAGGCCCGGGCUUGGUGCCUGUUGGUGUCUCUGUCCUGUGUGACCCCCAGCAAGCUCUCAGUAACGCACUGUCUCAUGAACUUGGACAGCCACUCCCCGCCCUGUUUGGAGUAAUCCUAUCGUCAAUGUGAAAACAUUCCAUAGUUUAGAAGUAGACGUUGCCAAUGCCGUGAGUUGAGGCCACAGCUCUACUAAAGGAGAGAAAGAGUGAGUGUGAGAGAGAGGGAGAGAGAGAACAGAAACAAAACACG